UUCAAGGGUAUUGUAAACCCUAACCCCACUUUGCACUUGGAGAACAUCUAGAGAAGAGAAGAGGAGAGAAGAAGAGGUGAGAAGCAGAGCUGAAACGAAGAGCAGAGUUGUCACCAUCUUCGAUCUGCCAUCCGUCCGCGAGGUUUUCUAUUGUUCCAGCGAGUUCGAGCCUUCAAGGUUCCUCUGUGCACGAAACUCACUGUUCUUAACAUCUGGACUAUUGGAAAAUUUGGAAUCACUCCUCGUUCUGGGGGAAGCGGGGUAUUGAGAAACAACCUUUUCAACUUCCUGAUUUCAUUGCUGCCACUGGGAUUGAAAACCUAAGAUAGUGAGAAAAUGUCAACUUCAAAACAAGCAGUUAAUGAGACUGCAAAAUGGAGCCAAGCAAAUGUAGACAUCCUUAUUGUUCUGAUGGUAGAGGAAGUUAAGAAAGGAAAUAUGACUACUUCGACUUUUAAUAAAGCUGGUUGGAACAACAUUGCCAAUAACUUCAAAGGAAAAACUGGGGUCAACUAUGCCAUUAUACAGUUGAAGAACAAAGUGAACAAACUAAGGCAGGAUUAUAGUCAGUUAAAGAAGCUAUUGGAGACAACUGGUUUUGGUUGGGAUACUGCUUCAAGAACUUGUACUGUUGAUGAUGAAUCCAUCUGGGAAUCACAUAUUAAGGAUAACCCUACUUGGGCACAAUUUAAGAAGCAUGGACUACCACAAUGGUCAGAACUAUGUAUGGUAUUUGGUGAUACAUAUGCAGACGGCGAAGGAAGUGGGACUCAAACAACCGCGUUGGAAACUUUGGGGGCCGAUGAUGAUAGGAAUAUGAUUGAAUCUUGUGAUGAGUCAAGUUUCGCUGAUGAAGUUACUCCAUUAGGUGACACUCAAACUGAAGCAGUGGAAAAAAGGCCAGCUACUAAGCAUAGGCAUGAUAGGACUCCAAAUACGAAAAGGAGGAGGAGCAAGUCUAAUGAUUGGUCAAUGGCAUUCAAGGCAAUUCAAGAUAUGAGUAAAUCAAGGGUAGAACGGGAUGCGAGCAUGUCCACUGCUUCAACCCAAAAUGUGGAAUAGAUGUACGGGAUUACUAGGGCCAUGGAGGUGCUUGAGUCAGGAUAUGAGUUAGAUGAAGCACUAUACGAGAAAGCACUUCGGAAGUUAAUGGCUGACCGGCAAUGGAGAGAAGCAUUAAUUUCCUGCCCUCCUCAUCGGAAGUCAAUACUCCUUCGUACCCUUUAGUAGUUUGCUUCUUGAAAAGUUCUUUUAAUUAGAUAGAUUGAUAACUCUACUUGGAUUAUGCCUUGACCCUACUUUUAACUUUGGUGAUUUGCUAUGUUUUUCUUCACUUUUUAAGAUGUUAUGGAUGACUGUGUCUUGACUUUUUUUUAUAACUGUAGUAUUUGAUGUCCUGAAUAUUUGUUCAUUGUACUUUGACACUACUUUUCACUUUGAUGGUUUGCUAUGUUUUCCUUUA